UCCGAACAGCAAGGCGGGGAUAUAAGGCUAAACGGCAAAAUUACCUCUCAUAUAUUGUGUGGGAUCUAUAGUUAGGAACACACGACCUAUUGUUGCGAACCAGCUACGUGACAGACCAAGGCAAUGGCGAAAGUAACUGCGUGUUUCUUGAUUUCGUUGGCAUUUGUUGCCAUUCCCCGUGUUUUAGGAAGCUCGGAGCCUAUAUUCGAGGACCCGGAUGAGCAGUUCAGGGUGUGCGCCAACCCCGCGGAGUACGACGGCGUGGACGCGUUCGGCUCAGACCUGUGCGGCAACAUGUGUUGGUGUGGGAAGGACGAAGAAGAACGCGUGGAACUCACCUGUACAAAUCACCCAUGCGAAGGCAAACUGCGGGUCUUGUGCUCAGACCACGGGGUGGCCCACCGCGACCCGUCCAGCUGCGGCCGGUUUUACGUGUGUAAAUCGAUCACGUACAAGCAUCUGGUGUACGACCACGUGUUGUUCAGUCAGUGUCCGGAAGGCACCGUCUUCAACGAGAAGAAGAGCAUCUGCGACAAGCCAGUCAACGUGAACGAGUGUUACCAGGAGGAGUAGUUCUUAUUCAUUUAACGGACGAUUUGACCCAGAUUCUGAUGAUGUCACCAUUCUAAUUUAAUAUGACUGAUUUCAUAUGAUACUUGUUUUUAUUGAUAAAGUACAAAUUAAAUAAAAAUGGGGAAAAGCGUGACGCUCGUGAUACUACUGAUGACGUACUAGUAGAUGCUUUGCUGCCUCAUCAUUGCUCAAUAUUCAAGUAUAUACAACAAAUGAAAUCCCCUUUUGAUAAUUGAAUUGGCCGCUUAAAAUAUUUGAAUGUUAUUUAUUGAUGAUAUCAUUACGAAGUGAUCAGCAUAAAGUUUGUUGCAUUACUACAACUUAACAUACUACUAAUGAGUUUGAUUUGAAAUUUGAAAUUGGAAUUGUUAAAAGUACUUUAAAUUGAUUCUCUCUCUCUCUCUCUCUCUCUCUCUCUCUCUCAUAUGUUAUGUAGAUUUGGCUUCUGCCUAUGAUCGAACAAUAAAUUUUUUAUCAUGA